ACAAAAAUAUAUGCGCAGAGUGGGACCUUAGAAAAAUAAAGGUGGGAUGACCCUGAAUGGGGGAAAAAUGAACUUAAUGAGGCUCUUAGAUUCUGCCACCAUCUCCAGGGGUUAUUCUGAGAGGGUGGUAGUAGCUUUCAGCGCAUCUUUCCUGCAGUAUUUGUUGCUUGAAGUGGGUGGAAUGACAUAUUUUCGUACCUUUCAUGGCUUCCUUGCAUCCCAUGGCGGCCUGUAGUGAGAGCACCCCAAAUAUUUUCCUAGCGCAUAGAAGAGGAAGGUAAAGGGGUGAAUAAAUCAUGAGCUGGAAUUUUUAUUAUUGCUAAGUGACGUAGUCUUAUCUUAAACUUCAUGGUGUUGAUCCUUCUAGGGAGUGUUUGUUUUCAUACAAGCUAAGUGGGUAUAGAUUGAGGGCAAAAGACACUCAUGACCUCAGUGUGAGUUGAGGCACAAGAGGUUCUGCCUGCUUUUAUGGUUAAGCUGGAAAGCUGUUAUGGGUGGCUCUGGACGGCGAGGGAGGAACUGCCCUGUGGCAGAGAAACUUCCCCGGGAACGUGUUUUGCACCUACUUGGGGUUGUCAAUAUUGAUUCUGGUGCUGAGGCAGCCCCGCAGGGGUUUGAUUUCCUCUUCAAGUUCUUGGUCAUCGGAAGUGCUGGAACAGGGAAAUCCUGCCUCCUCCAUCAGUUCAUAGAGAACAAAUUCAAGCAGGAUUCCAAUCACACCAUUGGGGUGGAAUUUGGAUCGAAAGUGGUGAAUGUGGGUGGCAAAACGGUGAAGCUCCAGAUCUGGGACACAGCCGGGCAAGAGCGGUUUCGGUCUGUUACAAGAAGCUAUUAUCGGGGUGCAGCCGGAGCCCUCUUGGUUUAUGACAUUACCAGCAGGGAGACGUACAAUGCCUUGACCAACUGGUUAACCGAUGCCCGGACUCUGGCCAGUCCAAACAUAGUCAUAAUUCUCUGCGGUAACAAGAAGGAUCUUGAUGCUGACCGAGAAGUCACUUUUUUGGAAGCCUCUCGUUUCGCUCAGGAAAACGAAUUAAUGUUUCUCGAGACCAGCGCCUUGACCGGGGAGAAUGUAGAAGAAGCUUUCUUGAAAUGUGCCCGGACUAUACUGAACAAAAUAGAAUCAGGUGAACUUGAUCCAGAGCGGAUGGGCUCCGGCAUCCAGUACGGGGACGCUUCCCUGCGGCAGCUGCGGCAACCCCGAGGGGCUCAGACACAGACCAGGCAGCAGUGUAACUGCUAGAGCUGGAAUUCAAGCAUGCCUGAAAAAAACGGCUUGCAAGUGCUGGAACUCGGCUGCUGUGGACCAGGGCUGUACGAAGCACCUUCUUCUCCUCCGUCCCAUCACUAGGACUGUGGGCCUCUUUGGCUGAAGCCCUCCUGCUUUCUAAGGACUCCUGCGCCGUCCCCCCCAUCCCCUCCCCUCCCCUCCCGCUUCCUGAUGAGAAGGAUCCCAGGUUCUGUUCUCAGACAGGUUUUCUUGCAGGAGGUCUGGGAGGGAAACGUCCUGAUGGCUUUUGUGGGUGAAAGCCCUUCUCUUCGGCACCACUUGAUUGUUAAAAGCCUUGAGGUCAGUGAGCCUCCCCCCCCCCGACUUAAGAAAGGCAGGAAGAGGGGCUCUGGGAAGGAGUUGGGUCCUCCACACACACACACACACACACUCCCUCCCCACCAGGUAACUCUCCUCUGCAUGCUGUGGCUGCUUCUGGCUGAAGAAGGAGAGCCCGAUAUUCUGGCCUGUAGGUGAGAAAGAGGUCUUUGUGUCAUGUUGAGAUAUUUAAUUUCUCUCGCCCUUUGAGCGCGACACUGCGGUCCAUCAUUUCUAAAGAGGUGGGCAUGACUUCUCCUGGGCUGGUGAGAGCAGACAGUUCUCGAUGCCUGGAAUGGGGGCUGCUCCUACCGCUGUCCGUAAAUGGGGGAUAUUCUGCCGUGGUAGCAAAACCAAAUGAACCACCCCAUCCCCUUUUUCUUUGCGCUUGCCUUUCCAGUACACGGGCUCCAGCCUGAAUUUGCCAGUCUCCCCCCCCCCCCGCGGUGGGGUG